CAUCGCGAGCCCGUAUAAACACUAUAAACGACCGCGCGGAGAUUACGACAGUCGCGCGGUGUAGCCUCGUGAGGCAGACGAAAUAUUUCAUCUUCAGUCUUUCGAAGACGUCAGUACAUAAUUGUCUUGUUUUGAGCACAAAAAGAAGCGCGUAAAAACAUAGAAAUAGCAAGAUCCAUUACAGCUGUGUCGAUUACUUAAUCUCGCAACUUAUCCAAGGAGUUUCUCGAUUAUGGGGAUUAAGUACCAAUAAAGUCAUAUUGGCCGAUUGGCGCGUUUGUCGUAUGUAAAUAAUAAUGGCGUGGACUGCGUAGAAUGAUCAGAAUUCGAUAAUAUGGCGUCUUCGUGCAUGAUACUGCGACGCGGCAUCGCGACUUCCUGCGUUUGUAAUGGGAAACGGAAUUUUCGGAAAUUUCUGCUGUACGGAAAACGUGGCAGUCGCAGCUUCAAAGAGAAACAGGCAAAGAAUCCGGAUCCCGAUAUGCCAGUAGACAAAAGAGGUACAAGGGACACCGGCUACAACGUUGACGGUAAAUUUGUCCACGUGCCAGAGAUGGUCCCUGAGCUAAUCGUCCCCUCGCUGGAAGGCUUCCAAUUGAAACCGUACGUGUCGUACAGAGUGGAAGGGAUUACAGAGCCCGAAUUCACCGCUCAAGAUUUGUUCGACAUGGUGUACUCUAAAAAGAUAAAGGAAGACUUUGCGAACGGUCAGCUGGACGAGAACGGGCAGCCGUUGAACCCGAGCGAGUACGAGAGGCUCACGCCGCAGCAAGCCAAGGAGCAGGCCUUGAAGACGGGCUCUGACUUCUUCGACGAGAAGAAACUGUCGUAAGUUGUCUUCGUUAGACUUUUUUUUUUGAAAUUUAAAGCACCAAUGUAAAUAUAAGCCCUUUCUGUGGAUACUGUGUACUGUGCCGAAAUAAAGAAACUCUCCCAUAUGCUCG